AUGAUCAACGAAGAUACACGUUCGCAUAGCUCUGGGUUGGAGACGCAACUCGCCAAGGCGAGUAGCUCGUCUCCAUAUAAGGGUCAGGGUCAGACCCAGGAACAACAGCAACAGCAACAGCAACAGCAAAAACAGCAAUCACCUAUAGCAUUCCCUGCGCCUUUGACUCCUUUUUUCCAUAGAAACCCAUAUUUCAGGAACACUUCGCUGCACAGAACUGGGUCUCACGAUUCUAUCAAUUCGAUACGGCGUUCGCAUGAAAACUUUCAAGAUUCGGAGGAUUACGAUAUCCAGGACUCAUGCUCACCAUCUUUGAACUCGCCUCCUAGAUCGAGACCUCAGACUCCCAAGAACCACGAAAGAACUCAUUGGCUAGGGGCUAGAAAACGGUUUGUUGGGUACCAACUCUCGGGAUACAAGAAGUUCCAAGUCAUGAUCACUAUCCAAUCUGUUUCUUUACCAAAUGAUAACGAAUCCAACUGUUGCUCGCCUCAUUUGACUGGAUUCCUCUCUAUAAAGGGUCUCACGGUACAAAAUCCCGAGAUCACCACUUUCUUCGAAUCCAUCACCGUAACGGAUUCUCUAGGGUUUCUAUCCAAAGAUAUCCCAAUAGAUUAUGCGUCCUAUAAGGCCUCGGACCAGACUGAUUUGGAGCAUUGGUUGAAUUUCCCAUCUUUCAAAGAACUUUGCAUGCAAAACGAUCCAAAGUAUCCUUCUAAGAAUAUUCUACAAUCUAUCAUCGAUGGUACUUACUCACAUACCGAUUACUUGAAUCAAAGGUUCCUUUACAUGAGGUGGAAUGAGAAAUUCCUGGUGCCUGAUGCCGAUUUGGAAUCAAUAGAUGGUGCAUCUUACGACGGCUACUACUACAUAGUACACGAUCAAUUACUUGGUAACAUUCUGGGGUUCUACUACCAUGAACAUGCUGAAAGAUUUCAACAGUUAGAAUUGCAACCUUUACAAGAACCAUCAAUCGGAGAUUGUUCAUUCGAAUUUGCAUAA